AUGCUGCUGAAACCAGCAACACCGCUCUCCGUGUUAUUGUUCAUUGCUUUUGCGCUGCUUUUGCUAUCCACCCUUUCCACUCCUGUCAUCAAAGCCAUUCCAUUGGCGACAUACCAGAAUGUCGAUUUUGGUGUAUUUGGAUAUUGUAGGGGAUCGCAAUGUAUACCGGCUCGCGUGGGAUACGACACUGGAAACAUCUUCGGCACGAAUGAAAGCGAUAAUGGCGACUUUAACCUCCCCUCGAGCGCUCGAAACUCUCUCUCCGCAAUUCUGGUCAUCCAUCCCGUCGCCGCUUUUUUGACUCUGGUCUGCUUUAUCAUGGCCGUGACCUCUCACCUUCACUCACCAUCCCAUUCGCCACGAUACCUGCUCGCUCUUUUGAUUCUUCUUCUACCGACGGUUUUGGUCAGCUUAUUGGCAUUUUUAGUCGAUAUUCUACUAUUUGUACCGCAUUUACAAUGGGGAGGAUGGAUUGUUCUCGCUGCGACAAUUAUUCUCGUCGCGUGCGGAGUCGUCACCUGUGCCAUGCGUCGUACAUUAGUCAGUCGUAAAGCCCGCAAGAAGCUUGUCGCAGAAAACGCAGAAAUGAGCGGUGAGAAUUUCUACAACCGACAACGCGCCGACGCUGCAGCUGCACAACUUGCCAAGGCAGAAUCUCCGCCUCCCCUUCCUCUCAAUACCGACGUGAAGGCUCCAUUGAUCACUGGAAAUUCGCAUUCAGAUUCAGCACCGACUUUUACCACCUAUGCUUCGAGUCGCACGACCGAUGAAAUCCCAUUGAAUGGCGGAGAGGAGACUGCGUUCUACGAUAAUUCUUCUCGACCUGUGCGACCCGGUUAUCAUGGACCGCGGGACGAAUAUGGAAACCCAAUUUCUCCUGCAGCCGCUGGUGCUAUUGAUGCAGUCUUGGGUCUCAAAGAGGACCGCAAGGAUACGGCCCUCCUGGACAAUCCCAACGAGGCCGCGGUUAUCCUCCUCGCGGUGGAUAUCGAGGAGGACCACCUGGUCCUUACGGUAGCCGUGGACGCGGACCUCCACCAAAUGGCCGGGGCGGUUCAAUGCGCGGUGGUAUGCGACCUCCUCCUGGCGGUAUUCCCCGUAAUCGUGGGCCGCCACCGGGCUACCCUCCACGAGGUGGUGGGCCAGGCGGAUACGAUCAGUAUGCAGCCGUGGGUAGACGUCCAUCUGACGGUGCGCCCUACGGCCCUGGUCCUGCUCGCAGCAACUCAAACAACUAUUCUCGGCCGUAUGGACCUGGCCAAGCACGCAAUCCGUCUGCUUCACAGCCAAACUUGCCGGGAAUGGGCGAUGGUGCGAUUUUCCAACAACGAGUCUCUUCCCAGCCCAACCAGUGUAUACAGCAAUGAACAAUAUGUCCCACCACGCGCAGCAUGGCAACGCGGUCCCGAACGCGGCAUGAGCAACAGUCCCGCCCACGCCCGCCAACGAUCAGGCGAUCAAUACUAUGAAGACAUCGAACCCCGGUUCGCAGAAGAGAACAACACCGGCGGCAAACACGUGCCCUCGGUGCUCAUGGCAGGAAGACCAGCUGGUGAGCGUCACCCAUCUCCACCAUCUCCUCCACCACCCAUCAAAAUUCCCGGUGAGAACGUCGGCGAUCUUGGACCUGGCUCACCGGCUAUCAGCGAUAUAAGUCAAGGAAGUCACUUCACGUCGAUAUCGGAGCGACCCAUAAACCCGAAAUGGCAGGGCGCACCUCCACCUGUGCCCGCGGCAGCAAAUAGAGGACCGCGAGUGCAGGAUGUGUUGCUCGAAGGAAAUCCGGAUUUUGAGCUACCCGGUGCUAUGACUCGAGGUGGGCGCGGUGGAGGGUCCAGAUAUGGCAGGGGAGCAGGGCGGAUGACGCCCGUGAUUGAAAAUUCGGGAAGUCGUUAUCCAUCCUAA